GUCCUCAGUCUGUAUCAAUAGGAGAAUAGUUUCUGUGCUCUCUAGUGGCUCCUGCUGUGUUUUCUGACUGAGAACACACCAACGAGUCAGAGCAACUAAAUGUGUCUCACCCGGUCGAGCAUGUCCUUCUACAGUUAGUAAAAUCCAUGUUUCUGUGUACAUGGUAUAAUAGUUACUGUUGCAGACAGACCAGUGUCUUUGUGGCGUUUUAUAUAAUCUCUGUCUGGUUUAGACAGAAAUAGAUGUUUGCUGGUUUUUGCUCUAGGUUCUCUCAGCUUUUGAGUUAUACAGCCACGUCCUUCUACAGGGUGAUCUCUAAUAAUAUUUUUAGAGUUCAGGGGCUCCUGUGCAGCUUCAUUAUCUCCCAUGGGUCUGCCCAGGGGUAGGUGAAGGGAACGGCCUUCUGGCCACGGGUAAUGGAGUCCAGACCACAUCCACCUGAUUGCUUUUUCAGGACGGAUAGAAGUUGCAGUUGUUUUGGGUUUGCCAUGGUGGGCAGGAGAAGGCAGAUGCAAACCAUUUUUGUAAACAGGAUAACCAAUAAAAGGCUAAUGUAUUUGAUUUCAGCCUUGCAGAUACAGGGCCGACUGUAUCCCUGACAUUAGCUCUGUUGGUUUCACUGGAGUCUGAACAGGUCCUGAUUUGUCUCUUAUCUGUGACAAGAAUGAUGGGACACUAAGGAAGGGUGCGUGUCUGCCUCCACUCCCUCCAUCCCCCUUCCUAGCCAUGGCAGGGAGAGCCUGAAGUACCUUCAGCAGGCAGAGACGCAGAGCUGCAGGGUGGGAGCUCUGCUGAACUUCAAAAAAUGACCGUGAGCCCGAAAUUAACUGUGUGGGAGCUGGAGAGCACCAAGUAUCCAGAGAGCACAGUGUCCUGAGACAAUGUGGAGAAUGCAAAACUGCCGGCAGAUCCUCUUUGAGCACAAGGGGCGGCCGGCAAGAGUAAUGAGUCUAAUUCAAUUUGAAUUUAACAUCAACACCCUUUAACGAACUCUUAACAACACUGGAUGGCAAUGUCCCCGAAUACACGUUUUAACAACCCUUAUAUACUCUUUGCUAGUGGCCACGUGACAAACACAGGCAACGAUUGGUUACUCUCUGCAGUCACGUGUCCCCCGCCUAUGGUGAUUCGCUGCGGGGCACUGCCCACGAGCUGUUCACGCGCAGGGAUGACAGUGCCCCUCAUGCAGCUUUAGGCGGGAAGACAGACCAGCUUCUGUUUACUUCCGUGCGGUCCUAGUGCACCUCAGCCACAUCAAGCGCUGGCUUGUUCACACCAAACAGCCAAAAAACUCUCGACAGCACAGUAGAACCUGGGCCAAAGGGCUAGUAGGGGAAAGGCGGAAAGCAGAAAAAAAAAAGAUGGGCUUGAGAAAAGCAGGUUUUGUCCGUGUGCAAAGUGACUACGUGGGGACUUGGCUGGAGUUCAACAAUGCCUGGUAGGUGCUUUAGGGACGAGAGGCUAGUUGUGGGACAUUUGAGUGAUUUUCUUGAAGUUAAUGGACAUUGUAUGGAAUUGAACUGAACAGGCCUCUGUGGCCUAUGUAUUCAGCAAGAGAGCAAGAGUCGAGCAGCCUACGUGUCUUACGUGACUUUAUACAACCUUGGGUAAAACAAAAGAAAGACUGUCUAGUGAAGAAAAGAAUCAGCAAGUCAGCUACAAUAUAGAUACAUUUUCUAUAAUAUUAGAGCCUAUGUAAGAAUUGUAUAAUCCAAUCACCUAUUAGUUGGCGGCGCGUGAACAGCAGCUAUUGACCAAUUACAAGUAGCCUUCUGAUGCAUGGACAGCGCGUGGACAGGUCACAAUUUAAGGAGAGUUAUAACAAGUAAUAAACGGCUUCACUUGAAUUCAUAUUGGAUUGUGUGGGGUCCAUGAUUCGUCGUCCUCGCAAGUGGUGACCCCGACGUGAUCCGAAAGGAGAAUUUACAGCGAAGGGGACGACUGCUGUGAGGAGCGAGCCCUGGCUGGAGUCGGCGCGGCUGGACCGUGACCGGGACGCAGUCUGCGGGCUGCGUACCUCCUGAGUGAUUGCUGCAGAAGCGACGGAGGAGGAAUAGAGGAUCCGAUAUCGUUGCGCAACGCACACCCAAAGAGGCUACCCAGCUGCACUCAUAUUGCAGUGGUGACAAUGGGAACAAGUCACGGAGAGCGGCUUUGCUUCCCCCGAUCCUCGAGUCAGCAAGAUCUUCUGAUGGGGCUCCUGGCAGUGCUGCAGACUCUCAGAAUGUGGAUUUCCAAGAGGCCCCAGAGAUGAGCAUCGCGUUGCUCGUGACGUGAAGUCUGCCAGACGUUUGCGUGAACCUGUGUCCCCAUUGCCAAGCCUCCCACCCAGACAGGCCAAGGAGACAAGCCACCGUGUGAGGCCUCGCCUUCUGAGUGUCGAUGACUUCAAGAUCAGCAAUGAAAAGAUCCGUGUUGUCUUGUACGAGUCAGCUUGGAUGAAAAUAGACCAACAGCAAAUGAGAGAGAGGAAGAUUGUGCUUAGGGAGAGGGAGGAAGAGACAGAAAAGUCCUUGCGGCUCCCUGCACUGAACAUUGACCCCGGGGAUGCAGCCAACAAAAGCUUUGGCCCACCGCCUGUCAGUGGGACAGUUCCCGGCAUGAGCAAUACAUGCAAAGAGAGCGCUGGUACUGCCUUGAGGAAGCGGUUCAACAGGCCCUCACUUCCCAGCGUCCCUGUCAUCAACAAGGACAGCAGAGUCCCACGCAAGCCCUCAGUGAACUCACUGCCGCCCAUUGCUCUGGACUCCUCCAAGGCGGGAGAUGAGCCAGAGCGCAGGGACGCCCAGGAAGCCAAACCCGACCCUAACCCACAGCAGGCGCUGCUCAACGCGCUCACAUGGCUCAGCAGCGGUGACUGGGAGGAGAAAGUGAAGGGACUCAUCAGCAUCAGACGCCUGGCUAUCUCCCACUCAGAAGUCCUUCUUUCUACACUUCAUGAUGUUUCCUUGGUAGUUAUCAAAGAGGUGAACAAUCUCCGCUCAAAGGUGUGUUGCUGUGCAAUCAACACUCUUGGAGAGCCCUUCAGGACCAUGAAGAAGGACAUGGACAAUGAAGUGGAUGAGAUUGCUCAGGUCUUGCUGCGGAAGAUGGGGGACUCCAGCGACUUCAUUCAGAGAGCAGCCAAUCAGUCCCUGGGGCUCAUGGUGGGGAGUGUGACUCCUGCACGAGCAAUGGCUGCUCUCAUGGCCAGUGGAGUCCAACACCGCAAUGUCCUGGUGCGCAAGACUGCGGCCGAACACCUCCUGACUGCGAUGGAGCGAAUUGGAGCCAAGAAGCUCCUUUCAGGCAUACCUACCAGUACUGAGGUGCUGGUGUGCAUGCUGGUGAAUCUUGCUCUGGACUGUCAUCAGGACACAAGAUGUUAUGGACGGAAGAUGCUGAAUUUAUUGAUGAGUCAUCCAAAAUUUGAUAGUUAUUUGAAAAAGUCUGUCCCCUCACGUGACUUGGAAGCUGUUAUGGCAAUGAUUAAGCAGAAAGGGACAGAAGACCAUCAAUGUGAACCUCCAUCUGCCAAGGAGCACAAGAAGUCUAAGAAGAAUGGCUUGAUGAUGCCCCAGGACAACUUGCCUUCUAAUGGAGGGUCUGUCUCUGAUGUACCCAUGCCACCCUCUCAGACAGCCCGUCAGAAGGCCCGUCAGACAGUCCGUCAGACAGCCCGUCGCCCAUCACAGGAAGAGACUGAACAGCGCCAGGAGCUUUGCAAGCUCCUGACAGCUGAGGACUUUCAGACAAGAAUGGAGGGAGUGAUGCUCCUCCUAGAUCACUGCAAAAACAACCCCCAGCUCAUCUCCACUAACAUUUCCCAGAUUUUUGAUGUUUUUGUCCUGAGACUUCAGGAUUGCAACAAGAAAGUGAACCAGCAGGCACUGGAGGCACUGGCUUCAAUGACAGCCAUACUCAGAGAUGCCUUGUACCCAGUCCUGACCUCUCUGGUAGUAGCAGUCACUGAGAACCUGAACUCAAAGCACUUGGGGAUUUAUGCUGCAGCUGUGAAUGUGCUGAAAGCAUGCAUAGAUCACCUAGAUAACACAUUGCUGCUGCAAAUCUUGGCCAGCCGAGUGCAUUACCUCAGCGGCAAAGCUCUGCUGGAUGUCAUAGAAUGUCUCUCAGUGCUUGUGGCCACUGUUUAUCCCCGGAAACCUCAAACCGUCCACCGCUAUGUCCUGCCUGCGCUCUGGUUCUUUUUGGGAAACAAGGCCCUGCCUGUCCGAAGCGGCGGUGUCAGGGCUGUGCUCACCAAGCUUGCAAUGAGCCUUGACGAAGUGAUGGGCCCCGGCCUGAAGGAGCACGCCACCAGCCAGCCUCAGCAUGUGACAAGAAGCCUCUGGGACCUCUUGAACCUUGUGAAGGCUUGAUGUGCUCCAGGAAACAGACGCAGGGGUGUGGAGUGAGCGGGACAGCUGGAGGCAAAGGUGGAUGUGGUGGUGGCAAUUGUUUUAUUCUGUGUGCUUGAAGAAGAGGAUUUACCCAAUAGAGUUUAUAGUUACAGAUUUACUUAGUAUAUUUUGAUGCAGGUUUAAAAAAAAACAAAAAAACCCUUAAAAAAUAAAAUAUUUUUUAAAAACUUAAAAAAAAUUAAAAAUAUUUAAAAAAAUUUAAAGUUAUUUUAAAAUAAAAAAUAUUUUUUAAAAGUA